AUGUCAAAAAGAAGAAGUUCAAGGUUGGUCGAAAAGGUGGUUGAAGAAUCUCCUGAAAUUGAAACAAAGCAAGCAAAGGAAGUGGUUGAUCCGGUUGUAGAAGAAGAGAUUGAAGAAGAGGAAGAAGUACCUCUGAUACGGAGGUCUUCAAAGAAUCCAGCCACUGCAAAAUCCACCACUUCAAAAUCAACAACACCAAAAAUAACCACAAAAUCUACCACCACAAAAGCGGUUACUUCAAAAUCAACCCCCAAAAACACCAAAACCGCUACUCCCAAAAAGCCUGUCACACCAAAAUCAAAGGCUCCCUCUCCAAAACCGGUUGAGGAGUCUAAGCCAGAGGAGUCGCAGAAGAUAGAGGAGUCAGAAUCUGAAAAGGAGUCGGAGGCGGUGGGUAAGUCGGAACCGGAAAAUCAGGAGUUGGAGGAAGAAGAAGUUGAGAAGGAGGAUGUUGUAGUUGAAAAGGCAAAGAAGACUGCCGCCAAGAAACCGUCUUCAAAAGCGGUUAAGUCUGUUGAGAAAACGGUUACCAAACCUAUUCCCUCAAAACCGCCAGUCAAAACCACCAAGUCCAAAAUCUCUACCCCUACAAUCUCACCCAAACUAGUGGAGAAAUUAAAGAAGAAGGAAGAUGCUGAUGUUGAGGGGGGAGUUUCUAAGAAGGAGGGUGUUAAGGCUGUUGCCAGUAAGGGCCCUAGGAUAAAGACGGUUGCUAGGAAGAGUGCAGAAUCUUCCAAAGGCAUGGAGAUCUUGGAGCAGGAACCAGAAUCAGACCAGUUCCCUGCUGACAAAAAGAGGAAGUCUCAUGGAACAUAUUCCAGUCAAUCUCCCUGCUAUGAUCUUGGGUCACAUGAUCUGCUGUGUGGAAAAGGCCAAGCAUGCACUGCCCUAUGGAGGAUGGCUGACCUUAGUGUUCACUCAUUGGAAAAUUUGUAUGGUGGUGUUCUGAAAAUGAAAAGUGCAGCAAAGGGUGAUGCUAUUGGUGAAGGGACCAGAAUCUACAAGAGAGUUGAGGUUCGCCUUGACAACGCUGGUAUUCAGGGUAGAGAGGAUUCUGAGGAAAAGGAUGAGUCAUCUCAUGCUGCUGGUGAUGAAGAUGAUGAAGAAGAGGAGGCAGAAGUGGAGGAGGAAGAGCAAGAAGAAGAGGAGUGCCAAAGUACGAGCUCAAUGAAUAGAAAGAUGAAGCUAGUAAAGCCAAGUCAUUAA